AUUUAUUGUCCAACAAAGGCGGCUUUUCGGAUUUUUCGGACAGAAUAUGGAUUGUAGCCUUUAUAUGCUGUUUUAAUUGUAAUUAUUACUCAUAUUUCUUGGGGCUUUGAGGACCGUUUGUUCACAAAUACUCUCAAUCAAUAAAUUACGUCAGCUACGCUAGCUGUAACCGGGCUGUAAUGUCUUUUGGUACUGAUCCUCGUCUUGGCUAUUCUGGAAUGUGUGAAGACCCGUCUGUUUGUCGUGACUAUCUGCGAAAUGUUUGUAAACGUGGCAAAAAGUGCAAAUAUAAGCAUCCAUCACCUGAAGAAUGCGAGAGGCUUCGUCGUUUUGACAAGACGUUUUGUCAUGACUUUCAAAAUUCAACUUGUCGCCGUUUGAAUUGCAAAUUUUUGCAUUACACAAAGGAAGAAGAGGAGGUGUUCCGACGUACUGGUUAUCUACCCAAUGAUGCACAGUGGUCUCAUCGCUCGGCCUCAAAUAGUUAUGAUGAAAAAACACCAAUCUGCAAGGAUUUCGCCAAUGGAGCCUGUAAUCGAGGAGCUAAUUGUAAAUAUCGCCAUGUCACCACACAACAGGCACAGGAAGUAGUAAAUCCUACUCUCUAUAAUCAGUCAAAUUUACAAGAAGCUAGCUAUGUCAGUGAAAACACACCAGCUGCACAUAUUGAUCCUUCUCUGUUCAGUAAUUCAACUCAUUUCAGCCAACCGUCACUGAUAAAUAAUGCAGUCAUUGUAUCGCCUACAAAUUCAGUCUUAAAUCCUGUAAGCAAUGCAUAUAUUCCUGGUGUUUCUUCACAUUCACUUAUGGGUCUUAUUAGUAAUACAUCUACAGGACAACCUACUCUGUAUGCUCAUUCAUCACUUGUCUCAAUUACCAGUGCUCCUCAUAUUAGUCCUUGUUCUUCUGUCAUCACAGUUGCUGCUAGUCCCACACAACAUCCGAAUGUAAUUCAUCCUCAGACAGCAUUGUCUGCGCCUCAUGCAACCUAUCACAUUGUUCCACACGAUACUACUUCACAUCACCAUCUACUUGCAACAAGUUCAAGUCAUUCACAAGCUCCAACACUAUUAACCAUUCCUCUAUCUCAGUUUACUUGUAAUGUCAGCAACAAUAGUUUAAUCCAAUCUCAGGCGGCUAUAGCUUGUUCUACACAACAUCAUGCUGUUGUAACUGGUGUGUUACCAGCCCAUCCGUCAAUAUCAUCUGCAUCUGCAACCUAUUAUCCAUCUUAUGGUGUAUUUCAUAUUAAUCAACCCCCUGUAGAGAAUUGUGAUCAACAACGGGUUACAGCGGUUGAGAUGCAAAAACAAAUUCAUGAAACUAGACCUUCAAGAUGUCCAACAUCAACAGCAACAGAAACAACUAGAAUGACACCAGUUUCUGCUACAACGACGAAGACGGCGACAACCUCAGUUACAUCGGUGUCUUCGUCAACAACAGCUGUAUUAGCUGCAGCAGCAGCUGCUGGUUAUAUUGCACAACAUUUACCUGUUAUUGGUUCCAAUAGUCUAUCUAGUGGAAGUAAUAUAUCUCAAGAGCAUACUAAUUAUAUGAAUAGUAAAACUGGUAAUCCAUCGAAAGGUGUAAGUGUACAUGAAUCAGCUAUAGCAGCUGCAGCAAAUCUACCAACAGUGUCGGCUGCCGCUGCAGCCGCCGUAGCAGCAGCUGCUGCAUUCGCUUGUUCCACUUCGAUGUCACAAAAUUCGAAGUAUCAUUCUAUGCUUCCAAGUAAUCAAACAAAGUUCAAUGAUUUGGAUAUGGAGUCUAGUUCAUCAAUUCCUUCGCCUCGUAUUAUUACCAGCAAUAAUAAUAAUAACAGUAAUAGUAAUAGCAACAACAAUAAUCAUUUCAACGGGAAUUCUAAUCACACCAAUAGUAGUAACAACAAUAUGACCUUGAGGAGUAAUACUGAGUCAUGUUCUUGUCAAAACUCACCACACAAACUAGACAUUCAUAGUAUUCAUAAUAAUAAUAAUAAUAAUAAUAAUAAUUAUAACACAAAUAUGAACACAAUGACUGCAUGUUUUCAAAAUCAUCCACACUGUUCUUCAGGCGGAGAAUCAUUAUAUUCCCACAAUAAUAAUUCCAAUAAUGGCAGUAAUAAUAACAAUAAUAAUAAUGAUAAUAGUUCUAGUACCACUGGUAACUCUAUUAAAUCAAUGUCUUCAAUAGAUUGUAUAUCCAAUUCUAUGCCAUCCUCAUCGGAAUACUUGAAUCCAGCUGAUGAAGAGCAAGCGAAAACAGCAGCUGCUGUCGCUGCCGCAGCAUGUAUUGGCGCUAUUUUCUCUCAACCAAUGGCUGCUGCAGCAGCAGUUGCAGCUAGUGGUGCGGCAGGUGUUGGCAACUCAGCUCCAUCAUCAGUUGCUGCAAUGCUUGGAAAUUUAAUUGGUUGUAAUGAAAAAGAUAUUAUGAAUGCUGUUCAAUCGUCAUCAACGUUAUCAUCGGUGUCGGCGUCGGCGUCGUCAUCAUCAUCUUCGUAUGCCGGAGCAUCGUUAUUAUGCAACUCAUCUAGACAUAAUAACUGUUCUAUUAGCAAUAAAUGUGAUUCUGAUGCUACUGCAGUUAUCAACCGUUGCCCACAGCAGCAGCAACAGCAACAACAACAGAUUUCUAAAGUUGAUGAAAAAAGUUCCAAAGAUGAUCAUCAAAACGAACAUGGCGGUAGUGGUGGUGGUGGUGGUGGUGGUGGUGGUGGUGUAGGCGUUAGUAAUAAUAAUAAUAAUAAUUCGAUGGAUCAAAAUAAUGUUCAAUCGAAUACUGUCAACAUUUCUUCAUCGUCAUCAGAUCGUUGUAAGUGUGCAAAUACCUUAUUGGAUAAUAAUAAUCCACAUUCUCUUCAAGAUGCAAUUACCUCAGAUUCAAGCAAUUGGUCCAGCGUAACAACAACAAUGGCGUCAGCUGCAAAAGCUGCAGCUGCAGCUGCCGUCGCGGCUACAGCUGCAGUAACUGGUUCCGCUAAUUUCUUCCGUCUAACACAGUUGAAAAAUAAAGUUGAUCCUCAAUUACAAUCAGGAUCAUUAUCAUCAUCAUCAUCAUCCAGUGUGACGCCGGCAUCAUAUUUAUCAACCUCUAGUCCCUCACUUCGGUGUAUUGAUCAGUCUAGAAAUCUUCGGCUGAGUACUACUACUACUACAGAUCAAAUGUCUUCAUCUGUUAUGGUUCAUAACGAUGAGGAUGAGGAUGAAACUGAACUCACUGGUUGUUUGUCAACUAAAGAAGCUGUAACAAUGACAAGUGCUGCAGCGGCUGCAGCAAUGGUAGCUGCGGCGGCUACAGUCGCUGCUGAACAACACCAGUUGAUUGGAAAUAAUUUUUUAUCUGAGAUCAGCCAUUCAAAUAGAUCAGAGAAACAAGAUGCGCGUCGAACGAAUCCAGGAAAUUCUCGUCUACUGAACACUGAUGAAUAUGAUUAUCAUCGAGCAUGUUCAUCCUCUUCAUCGCAUAAUGACUUCGCUUCACCUUCAUCCUAUGAAACAGACAGUCAAAUGUAUUCUCUAACUCGUCAAUCGAAUCGUUAUUCUACAAAACGACAUAAAAAUAAUAAACGAAGAGCUACAGUCGAUUGUCAUUACGCUGAUUACUCCUCCAGUCUUCAUCCUCGUCAUCCUCGACAUCAUACAAGUCUGCCGCGGUCUGUCGAUGAUGAUUAUGAAGAUGAAGAUGACGAUGAUGGCGAUGCCUAUGAAGACGAUGAUGUCGAAUCAACUGCUCUUAUGUCUCCAUCACCUGAAAUCACUCCACCCUACAAUCUACCACCGUCUAAAAUGAGUAAACGGGAUAGUUUAUUAGGCUGCUUGUCGUCUUAUUCUCGUGGAGUGGAUGAUGAUGAUGAUGAUAGUAGACCAGCAUCUCCAGAUCCAUGGAGACCUACAAAUCGUAAAAUUGUUAUCUCUCGGACUACUGGUGGUGGUAAAACUGAUCGCCUUGAAAGCAGUAGUAGUCAUACUACUACUGCUCAAUCAAUAAAUACUCCACAUUAUGCCAAUAAUGAAACUACCAGUACCACUACUCCAACUACUUCAACUCCUACUACUACUACUAAUCCUCAUCCUGACCUUUUAACCAGUAACAGUGUGUCUAGUUCCCACGUGAAUCCUAUGCAUCGUCAUCGUCGAUCACUUUCAACAAGUGCUUUGUCAUCCAGAGCAUCCUUUGAACUUGUGCUUAAAGUUCGAUCCAAGUCAUUUCCAGCUUUACAUCGUUUACACUCUGGUUAUCAAAAAGAUCAUAAAUCCAGUGUCGUCUUUCCUACUUCAUCAUCAAGUUGUGGUCACAGAUAUAUUUCAACAGAAGAUAACCUCCCUGCUGUAUGCUCAACUGGAUCUGGGAUGUCAACUUCAUUGUUUUGUCCAAAGAGUACAGAAGUUGAUAUGAAGGUAUUUCCAUCAACAUCAUCAUCAUCAUUAUUGUCGUCAUUAUCCAGAUAUCGAGGAAGAGGAGGAGGAGGAGGUCCAGCAUUUGUUAAACGAAAACUACGUCGAACUACUCAUCGUUAUUCAUCUCGACUUUCUAAUAGAAAUAAUAACCCUAACACUAACACUACUACUACUGCUAAUAAUAAUCAUUCUUUCCUACACGCAAACACUAGAAGACCGUUAACAAAUGUUUCACCGACAUCAGUUCUAAGCGAAGAAGGCUAUAGUGGACGUGAUGAUGGUGAUGAUGAUGCAGAUUUUGUAGAUCCUGAUUAUGAUGAUGAUGAAGAAAUGUAUAUGUUUUCUGUUCCUCAAACAUCAUUAAAGCGGUCAUCAUCGCAUAGUCUUGCAAAGUAUUCAACGAAAAGAAAGCGUUCUGUGUAUUCUUCUUCUUCUUCUACUACAUCAAAUGUUCAUUUCACUUCAACAGCAUCAAUAAAACAACAGUAUGCUCUUCGAGCUGAAAAUGCUCGUCUCCGGCGUAAACUUCUCGAUGUAAUGCGUCAACGUGGAGAUUUACGAGCUGCUAAUGAAAUGCUCCUGGAAGAAAUUGCUCGACUAAGACAAUCAAGACGUGUUUCUGUCGUGGCUCGUAUAGCAGAGUCUGCGACGAAAUUUAUUGAAGCGCAUAAAAAAUCUCAACUUGCUCAAUCGAAGAAUAAUAGCUUCUCAGCUGCUUCAAGUGCUGCUGCUGCACAGUCGACUGUACCGUUUUCAAUUGCUCAAGCAGCUGCUGCGGCGGCGGUUGUAGCAGCUGCUGCUCAGAGCGAAACUAAUCCACCGAGUGUAACUGGUGUCUAUGUGUCAUCGCCUACUGCUUCUAUUCAUCAGCACAAUUCACCAACAAUCAAUGCUCAAGGCGGUUGUGGUGGUGGUGGCGUUGGCGUUGGUUCUAGUAGUAUACAUCCUUUGUUUUCACAAAUUGCUUCAGGAAAUACUAUUUCUACUGGUAUUGCUAUCCCCUCGAAUCAUGCAUUGACUGCUGUACAAAUACAGGCGCCAAUAGCUCCUCCACCUCAGGCGACUGCAUUAAUUCAUCAUCCACAAGGUUUACAUCCUCAACAACAAACUGGAAUAUCCAAUUACUAUCAGCAUCAGAUGAAUCGUCCAAUAGACACUUUGACUGCAUCAAUCGCCAAUGCAUCUGUCUCCCCCGGUAUGCAAAACUUAUCUCAAUCUUCUUCAGCUUUCCAAGUAUGCCAUUAUCCUGUUGUUUCAAUUGCAAAUGUCUUCCCUAAAUUAUCACAAGAUGUUAUUACGUCAGAGAAUGCAAAAUUAGUGCCUGUCGGUGUACCGAAUACAGUGACGCUACUUUUAGGUCAGAGUACAACACCACAGACAUCGACGUAUGCUAUUCCUGCUUCAGUCGCCUCUCAUCCUAGUGUUCCAAUGCAAAUUCCUGUUUCUGUUGGAACGCAUUUAACGCCAACGGUUAGUAGUUGUCCACCACCACCACAUCGUGUUGGUCCAGCUAAACUCCUUGUUUCUGUAGCCUAUCCAAAUCAAGCUGCUGCCGCCGCCGCCGCCAGUGGUAUACCACCGACAACAUCAAAUCAGUAUAUUGCAUCGAAUCCUGUGAAUAACAGUAAUAAUGUACAGACGCCACCUGUGAUGCCUAACAAUCAUCAAAUUCAAAUUGUACAUAAACUUACAGUCCCACACCAAACAACAUGUACAAAAUGACCUCAAAUUAUAUAUAUAUGUGUAUAAUUUGCUUGUAAAUUCUUGAUUUCUUUUCUCCUCUCUCCCACUUUCCUUUUUUUGUAGUUUGCUAACUUCACUUAUGUAGUAUGUUUGCUAAUUUCUUAACACUACUCUUUAU